AUGUUAAACCUUCUAUUCUAUGGUUUAGGAAUAAUAAUAAUAAUUUUACUUGGGUUUUCUCUAUGCAAACACUAUUUAAAUUAAAAAAAAAAAGAAUUUGAAUAAAACAAUAAAAGUUAUAAUGAUUAGGUAUUGGAGGAGGAAAGUGAUAAUUGUUAACCAAAUGAAAUCAAGUCGUUUCAAAUUUAAACUUUUUAAAAAGCCUUUAAUUAGAAUAUCUAUUAGUUUAAAAAAAAUACUAGCUAGAUAAGUUAAAAAUCUUAACAAUCUUCCAAAAUAUUCUAAAAUUCAUCAAUAUUAUCCAUUAAAAAUAUUCCUUUAUUUUCAGCAGAUGAUAAGAGAACUGAGUAGGUUUAACAAAUUAUUAAUUACUUAUAUGAUAAAAGUUGUAGAAAAAGAAAUAUUGAAGAAAAAUUUAAAUAUUUUUUAGGUCAUUUUAUCGAUUUUUAAAAUCUAUGUAAAGAGUACAAUAUUAAAAAACUUGAGAUCAAAUAAAAAUUAAAGUAGUUAUGUUCAUCUUAUCUCAAUGUUCGAGGAGAUGGCAAUUGUUUUUAUACUGCUUUUGGUUAUUAAUUUUUAGAAAUUUUAUUAUUUAAAUAUAAAAAUGACGAAUUUUAAAAUUUUAUAAAGACUAUUUUAUUUGAAAUUAAAUUGCCUUUUUAGAUUAAUUUAAUAGAUUAAACUAAUAUCAAUUAAAAUUAGGAUGAGUAACUAAGAAAAGAAUUUAUUUUUAGAUUGGAAAAACUUAAAUCAAUUUAAAACGUUGAUACAAGAAGAAAAAUGUUAUAUAAUGCAUAUAAAGCACAUGAAAAAGAAGAUGAAGAAUACGAUGGUUGUUUCUAUGGUUUAUCAACAAUAUUUUUUAGAAAUAUAUCAAUUCACGCUCUUGAUUAAAAUGAACUUAAAAACAUGGUGACCGAUAGGGAAAAUUUAUUAAUAUGGGAAACAGAAUGCAAUAAUAAUGAAAUUGUAAUCUAAUCUUUAUCAAAUUUUUUGAAACUGUAAUUUUAAAUCAUAAACUAUAAUUAGAUAUAUAUAACUUAUUUUCUUUACAAACGAAAGUUUCUAAAUGAGAGAAUAUGGUACUACAAAUGUACAUAAAAUAAUAUUACUUAUCAGACCAGGUCAUUAUAAUAUUGGAAUUGCCCCUGAAUGA